UAUACACUGUAAUGAAAGUGAAAGUCAGCAGCUCCAUUUAGUGACGCAUGAAAACUAAAAGAUGUCAGGAGUAAAAACACAGGUUUAAUUUAACACACCGAUGUUGGAGUGAAGUAAACGUGUGUCCUGCUGUAAUCUGGAGAAGGAGACAUGACCUCCAACAUGAGUGUGUCUGGAAAACAGGACUUAAAGAAAGACGAGAGAAUGAUGGAGGGAAAGAGAUCAGACUCACCAGAACCCAGCUGUGUGUCCAUGAAGAGUGAUGCGUCAAUGGAACGUCCAAUUAACUUCAGAGACAGAGACAGUUCUACUGAUGUGAGACCACAAAAAUCAAACAUCAGCACAAAACAGCUGGACUCUAUAUUCAAGGAGCUGGAACACAAAGUCAUCACUCUGAUAAAGAAUGAGCUGAAGAGGUUUAGGAAGCUCCUGAGUCCAGAUUACCCAGCAUGCACUGAGAGGGAGGUGGAGGAUGAGGAGGAUCUGCACAGUGUCAGAGAUGGAGCGCUGAAGAUCACACUGCACGUCCUGAAGAACAUGAACCACACAGAUCUCGCUAACACACUGCACAACAAACUCGCCUCUGUGUAUCAGACAAAGUUGAAGUCCAAUCUGAGAGAGAAGUUUAAAAGAAUUAAUGAAGGAAUCUCACAGCAUGGAAGCUCAGCACUUCUGAAUGAGAUCUACACUGAGCUCUACAUCACAGAGGGUUGGAGUGGAGACGUCAAUAAUGAACAUGAGGUGAGACAGAUUGAGGCAGCGUCCAGGAGACCAGCAACACAGGAGAAACCAAUCAACUGUAAUGAACUCUUUAAAGACAAGUCCAUCAGAACUGUGCUGACUAAAGGAGUUGCUGGAAUUGGAAAAACAGUCUCUGUGCAGAAGUUCAUUCUGGACUGGGCUGAAGGAGAAGUAAAUCAGGACGUCACCUUCAUGUUUCCACUUCCCUUUAGAGAGCUGAAUCUGAUGAAGCAGCAAAAUCUCAGUCUGAUGAAUCUUCUUCAUCACUUUUUCCCAGAAAUAAGAAAACUAGAAUCAAUAGACUGUGACUCCUACAAAGUGGUGUUGAUCUUUGAUGGUCUGGAUGAGUGUCGACUUCCUCUAAAUUUCCAGAAGAAUGAGAUAUUGUGUGAUGUGACAGAGUCAGCCUCAGUGGAUGUGCUGCUGACGAACCUCAUCAAGGGGAAUCUGCUUCCCUCUGCUCUCCUCUGGAUAACCACAAGACCAGGAGCAGCCAAUCAGAUCCCUCCUGAGUGUGUAGACCAGGUAACAGAGGUACGAGGCUUCAGUGAUCCUCAGAAAGAGGAGUACUUCAGGAAGAGGAUCAGUGAUCAGAGCCUGGCUGAUAACAUCAUCACUCACCUGAAGUCUUCAAGAAGCCUCUACAUCAUGUGCCACAUCCCAGUCUUCUGCUGGAUCUCAGCCACUGUUCUAGAGAGAAUGUUGGGUGAAGCAGAGGGUGGAGAGAUCCCCAAGACUCUGACUCAAAUGUUCACACACUUCCUGAUCUUUCAGAUCAAACACAAGGACCAAAAGUACCAUCAGAAAUGUGACCCUGAUCCUCAGCAGACCAGAGAGAGUAUCAUGGCACUGGGAAAACUGGCUUUCCACCAGCUGGAGAAAGGAAACCUGAUCUUCUAUGAGGAAGACCUGAGAGAGUGUGGCAUUGAUGUCAGAGAAGUGUCGGUGUACUCAGGAGUGUGUACCCAGAUCUUCAGGGAGGAGAUUGGGCUUCCCCUGGGGAAGGUGUUCAGCUUCGUACAUCUGAGUGUUCAGGAGUUUCUGGCUGCUUUAUACACAUUUCUCUCCUUUAUUAGCAGAAAUGUAACAGAACAUCAAACCUCUGAUCUGUCUGAUCUUUUCAGUAAGUCAGACCUGUCUGAUCUCCUCAGGAGUGCAGUGGACAAGGCUUUACAGAGUGAGAAUGGACACCUGGACCUGUUCCUCCGCUUCCUUCUGGGUCUCUCACUGGAGACCAAUCAAACUCUUUUACGAGACUUAAUGCCACAGACAGGAAGCAGAUCUCACAGCAAACAGGAAACAGUGAAGUACAUCAAGGAGAAGAUCAGGGAGAAUCCAUCUCCAGAGAAAUCCAUCAAUCUGUUCCACUGUCUGAAUGAACUGAAUGAUCAUUCUCUAGAGCAGGUAGUACAAACGUACCUGAACAGUGGAGAUUUAUGUCGUCUCAGUGGAAUCAGACUCUCUCCUUCUCAGUGGUCAGCUCUGGUGUUUGUGUUACUGACCUCAGAACAGGAGCUGGAUGUGUUUGAUUUGAGCAAAUAUGAUCAGUCACAUGAAUGUCUUCUGAGGCUGCUGCCAGUGGUCAAAGCCUCCAGAGAAGCUGUUCUGUGGGGGUGUAAUCUGACAGAGGAAAGCUGUAGAGUUCUGUCCUCAGUUCUCAGCUCAAACUCCUCCAGUCUGAGAGAACUGGAUCUGAGUGUCAAUAAACUGCAGGAUUCAGGAGUGAAGCUGCUCUCUGAUGGACUGAAGAAUCCACACUGUACACUUGAGAUACUGAGUCUGUGGGAGUGUGAUCUGACAGAGGAAAGCUGUAGAGUUCUGUCCUCAGUUCUCAGCUCAAACUCCUCCAGUCUGAGAGAACUGGACCUGAGUGACAAUAAACUGCAGGAUUCAGGAGUGAAGCUGCUCUCUGAUGGACUGAAGAAUCCACACUGUACACUGGAGAUACUGAGGCUGUGUGCCUGUAAUCUGACAGAGGAAAGCUGUAGAGUUCUGUCCUCAGUUCUCAGCUCAAACUCCUCCAGUCUGAGAGAACUGGACCUGAGAGACAAUAAACUGCAGGAUUCAGGAGUGAAGCUGCUCUCUGAUGGACUGAAGAAUCCACACUGUACACUGGAGAAACUGAGUCUGUGUAAGUGUAAUCUGACAGAGGAAAGCUGUAGAGUUCUGUCCUCAGUUCUCAGCUCAAACUCCUCCAGUCUGAGAGAACUGAACCUGAGUGAGAAUAAACUGCAGGAUUCAGGAGUGAAGCUGCUCUCUGAUGGACUGAAGAAUCCACACUGUACACUGGAGAAACUGAGGCUGUGUGCCUGUAAUCUGACAGAGGAAAGCUGUAGAGUUCUGUCCUCAGUUCUCAGCUCAAACUCCUCGAGUCUGAGAGAACUGAACCUGAGAGACAAUAAACUGCAGGAUUCAGGAGUGAAGCUGCUCUCUGAUGGACUGAAGAAUCCACACUGUACACUGGAGAAACUGAGGAUGUGUGACUGCAGUAUUACAGAUGAAGGUUGUGCUGCUCUGGCUUCAGCUCUGAGGUCAAACUCCUCAUCACACCUGAGAGAACUGAAUCUGUACUUUAAUAAACCAGGAGAAUCAGGAGUGAAGCUGCUCUCUGAUCUACUGAAGGAUCCACACUGUAAACUGGAGACACUACACAUUAAGUAUAAGAUACUCACCAGGUCUGGUGUAUGACAGGAGUCUCUCCUCAGGGCUUUUUAUGAUGGUGAAGCGUUAGAACACAUCCCACAUUUCCAGCAGUUUGGGAGCUGAAUCAUUCAUAUUCAGAUGUAGAAGAUCCAUAACAAUAACUGUGACUGAUCACAUCCUUUUAUCCUCUCAGCUACAACUUCACACUUUAACAUCUUUUACAAACCAAAGUCAAAUCCUUCAGCAUCUACACACAACACAGAGAUAUCAUCACAUCAUCACACUGAUUACACAAACACACAUCCAUGUGUUACAGAUGUUUAGAGAUUAUUUUUACCUCUUUAAUUGGAUCUCAAAUUUGUUUCUCCACAGAUGAUUGACUCACAGUUGUGAUCUUGAUUUAUUUAUUUUCCUUUAAACGUGUCUUCUUUUCAAACCCUUUUCACCAAACACUUAAAAUCUUUAUUAAAAUCCCUUUAAACAUUAAAGGAAUCUUCUUUUUUCUUUAGUUGAUCUAUUUUUCUAUAUUUCAAUUUCUUCUUCCUUAAUUUCCUCAUGACAUUUUUUAUCUUGGGUGCAUCUUGUUUUUAUAUAAUUGAACUUCUUUUUUUCCUCUUUACACCAUAUAUUUUGCUCCCUCGAGUUCUUUCUCCUCCCUUUUUAUAUUUUUGUUCUCUUUGGCCAAUUCAUUCUCUAAUUUUUGACAAUGUACUUUUACUUGCUUUUUCUCCUCUUUCUUUCUUUCUCCCAUUCUACAAUAUUUAAUUAAAAAUGUUUAAUUAAAAUUUAACAUUAUCUUCCUCAUUCAUUUCAUUUCCUUUUUCUUUUUCUAUAAUUUCUCUAAUCUUAAAAUCAUAGUGGUUUUUCUUUAAACUUUCUGUUUUUAGAAUCCAUACACCCAGUGGCAGUUCUAGGAUUUUUCUGUAACAGGGGCUAUUAAGGGGCCACAUGUUACAUUCAGGGGCCAAGUACAGGGCACACAAACUAAUUUAUUCAGUACGGUGCAAGUACAUUUCGGCAGUCAUUCCUUUUUCAAACACUCGAGUGCCGCCAAUUGUUUGGGGUUGGAAUUGCAUCUGUGUUCUUUGUGAAAAAUUCUCCGGUUGCUCUUCUCGUUGGCGAUUGAUGGAAUGGGGCCAAUCAGGGGCCAAUCAGAUUUCAGCAGGGGCCCCUGUGGCCCCGCCUUUAGAACAUACACCUUGCAUACACCUUGUCCCCUUUUUACAUUAUUCCAGUCUUAAAAAACAAAACUCAUGAUACUCAAACUUGUUUCCUUAUAUCUGAUUUUGUCUGUAAAGUUUUCUACAUUUCUUGUACAUAAAAUAAAGUCAAUCUUUGUCCUGUAAGUUUUUCACUAUAUCUCUUCUUUCCUUCCUACAUUUCUCUCCCUCCACACGUCUAUCAGGUUGUUUUCACUCAUUAGAUCCUUUAGUUCUUUUCUCUCUGUAUCUGAUUUAAUAACCAUCCCAUCUGCCAUAUGGACUUUACUGAAAACAGUCACUGCAAGUCCCAUCAUUAUUAUUUCUUUAUGCUUCUUUAAAAUUCUUUUUAAAGGAUUAAAUAAUUAUUUCUUUUCUUUUUUAUCUGUUGGGUCAUGUACAUUUACUAAACUGACAAAAAGGAGAGCUAAAACUUCACUGUGUAGAGUCAAAUUCUAGUGUUUCAGCGCUCUUAUUUGUACCCCAGGGGUGUGUGUGUGUGUGUGUGUACAUGCACCCUCCCUGGUUACUGAAGAUGUCUCCCUUUGAGUUAUCACCUCAGCAAGGCCACAUUACAUUUUCAGGUCUUAUCGAGCACCUGCACACACACGCACACACCCCUAAAGUUCCCAUCUUUCUAGCAUGUACAAAUGUAACAGAAUAAGGGCCUCUUGUUCUUUCCCCCAAGUCUUUCACAAGGAAUUUACUGUAAAAGCACAUAAUUAUAUAAAAACACUCAUGAUAUUUACAAUUUCCUCUACACCAGCCUCUAGACUGCUUUAAGCUGCUGUCAGGUAGUUUUCAUGGAGGAGAGCUUCACUCUCCUGACUGCUGCCACUGAAUAAUAAAAUGAUGUUACAGAAUUCAAACAGUAAAGUAAAUGAAUGUCUUUGUCAAAACCUUACAGCACCAGGUGUUCCCAGGCAGUCACACAUCCAAGUACUAACCAGGUCUGACUCUGCUUAGCUUCCGAGAUCAGACGAGAUCAAGCGUUCACAGGUUGGUUUGGCUGCAACAAAACAGUUAAUCAGCUUAAUCAGUUAGACGUGUAAUUUUCUAUUAAAUAAUAACAGUCUGUAAUUGAUUUCAUAGGACUUUUGUAUAAAAUAAAAUAUACAUAUAAGUAGUGUGUGUUGUCAAGAUUGAGAUCCAGUGUGUAUCACAAUGACAAAAAGUCUAAAACAAAUAAACAUCCCAAAAUAACCUGUUAAAAUGUCCAGCAAUGUUUACAGUGUUAAAAGUCUUAUAAAAUAUUUACUAUUCUUCUGCAUGAAGUGUUUUCUGUAGUGUGGGUUGUAUCAUUUUUAUAAUAAAGAAAUCUUUAUACACUGA